AUGCCUGUGAACGCCACAACUGCCCCCCACUGGCCUCGAUCAUCCCUGCAACACAUCAAUGUACAUCCAGAGGGGUUCUGGGCAGACAGUGCAGUACCUAGAAGGCCCAAGCGUUUCUACGCGAUACCGGUACCCUCUCUCCCUCCCUUCGACAUCCAGAACUUCCAAGCCGUUUCCAGAAACCGAUUCGAGACAGCAGGCUGCGACACGCCCGUGAACCACCAAGGCAGCAUGAGCCACCACCAUGGCAUGGCCAUGGGCUCCAUGGCCGCCCUGCCAGAACUCGACGCAUGGCCAACGUUUUACUGGGCCGUUGUUGGAACUGCAAUCGCUGUGGCGACGGUGGUCAACAUUUACAACCAUGUGUUGUGCAGGCAAAGACUGUCUGCAGCAAAAUCGGGGGAUCAAACGCCUGCGAAGCCACAGUCCUGGCUCCCGCUCUGGAAUGCGACGUUAUAUGCCUUGACGAGGGAGGCUUCUAAUUACUCGAUUCAUAUUCCGUUUAAGAAUCGGAGAUUCAGACUACCUACUGUUGGGCGCACAGCGUUGGUAGUGUUCAAUGUGGUUGUACUGGUUGUUCUCUGUCUCUAUGGACUCGAGCUUGACAGUGUCUUCACUCGGGAAGAUGUUGGCUUUCGCUGUGGUGUCGUCACUAUUUCACAACUGCCGCUCAUUUUCCUGCUUUCAGGCAAGAACAACAUUGUUGGCUAUCUGGGCGGUAUCAGUUAUGAACGUUUGAACUGGCUACAUCGGUGGUGUGCAAGAUGUAUGCUCUUGACGGCUACUAUGCAUAUGGGCUAUUUCAUCAGUGCAUGGGCCCCAUUCAACUACGUGGGCUACCAACUCAAGAACAAUGCCAUCGUCUGGAAAGGUCUGGCAGCUUGGUGUACCCUAGUAUGGAUUGUUCUGAGCUCCAUGACACCCAUCCGAGGGUGGUACUACGAGGUCUUCGUAAUCCAACACAUCAUUUCAUUCGCCCUCUUCCUCGCCUUCGUCUACAUCCACACCCCUGCCGAGAUGCAUAUUUAUGUCUGGAUACCCAUCGCCUUAUUUGCUUUCGACCGCGUCGUCCGAUUUCUAAGACUACUUUAUGCCAACAUUUCAUUCUUUCAUCCUUCGCUGAAGAAGCAAGGCCAAGCUGGCGGCUUCUUGACCUGCCAGGCAGAUUUUACGCCUUUCCCACAUGACACUACCCGCAUCGUCAUACGGGAUCCUCCGAUCAGCUGGACUCCAGGCCAGCAUGUAUUUCUCUCCUGCCCAUCGGUUGCGCCAUUGCAGAACCAUCCGUUUACGAUUUCAUCGAUACCGCAAGACAAAAGAAUGGAGUUCUUCAUCAAGGCCAGGAAAGGAGGUACACUGCGAUUCUUUCGACACGCCGAGAAACCGCGGAUUGGUUCCCCUGAGUCGACCAGUAAAACGGUUACUAUCGAGGGGCCCUAUGGUUGUAUUCGACCCUUGCGCCAAUUCGACAGCGUAAUCUUCCUCGCUGGAAGUACAGGAGCCACAUACACCGUUCCCUUGCUCCGCGACCUCCUCCAAGGCUGGACCGAAAAUGCAUCCGGUCUUCUCGAGCCUGGAAGCGGGCUUUUCGCAAUCCCAAAGGGGGCCGUCACGCGCCAUGUGCGCUUCAUCUGGGUGGUCAAGAGCAAGAGUCAACUUUCCUGGUUCACAGAGUCACUAUCAUCUGUGUACGCAGAUUUCCGCAUGUUGCAGGAGAGACUCAAGGAUAUCAAGUUGGAAAUGACAAUAUAUAUCACCCGCGACCCAACCUUUACCGAUGAGCAUAAAUCCCUCCUCUCCAACAUCGCACCGCCCAAAUCCACGACAGCACCACAAGAGUCUCCUAAACACGGCACAAUCCGAUACCGCGACCUCCCCCCCUCCCCCCCACCCCACCCACAAAACCCCCACGAGAACCCCCAAGUCGAAAAACAACCAAUGACCACCCCAUCCCAAACCCCCACCCACACCCCCAAAUCCUCCCACGACACAACCGCCACCAGCCGCCCCGCCUCCCAAACCUCCAGCACCCCGCUCUCCACCCCCUCUUCCCCUCUCCUCCUCCACCCCCUCAUCGCCAUCCACCCCGGCCGUCCUCCAACCCGGUCUCUGAUUCGCAAGUCGCUCGAGCAGGCGCGCGGCGAGUCUGCGGUCGUGGUGUGUGGGCCGGAGAGUCUGGUGGCGGCUGUGAAGCGGGAUGUUUGUGUGUUGAGCGAUGAGCGGGCUGUGCACAAGGGGACGGGGGCGCAGGGCGUGUAUUUGCAUACGGAGAGUUUUGAGUAUUGA